UGCGGCGGCGGAGCGGCGGCGCCGGCCGUGGGCGAGGGCCUGGCGCAGGCGCUUGGGCGCCCGUGAGGGAGCGGCUGCAGCGGCGCGGCCCGCAGGAUGCCGGGGCUGGUGGUGUUCGGCAGGCGGUGGGCUAUCGGCAGCGAUGACUUCGUCCUCCCGGGGGCCUUUGAGCUCUUCGUCAGACUGGUGUGGUGGAUUGGAAUUCUUGCUCUGUACGCAGCUCACAAGGGGCAGUUUAACUGUCCCGGGGGAGGAUUACUGCACAGCUACUUGCUUGUCCUCCUCAUUCUCCUGGCUUCUAUAAUAUGUGCAUUAUCUGCUCUUGUAUACGUCAGUAUGCAAGGAACAAUUUCUAAUCCAGGCCCAAGAAAAUCACUUCCCAAGCUCCUCUAUAUUCGCCUGCUUCUCUGUUUGCCUGAAUUCAUCUGGGCUGUGGUGGGAGCGGUGUGGGUGUCGGACAGCAGCGUGCACUGCGAGAGGACUGUGGUGAAUGCCAUCGUUGUGACUGUUGUUGCAAGCUGGGUUAUCAUCAUCUUUACCAUCAUUGGAGUUGUAAUUGUCUUUGAUCCACUUGGGGGGAAGAAGACCUUUUACCUCACUGAUGGUGUCAGUCGGAACCUGGAAAGCAGUCAGUCUGGGCAGCUGCUGUAUAACGUGAAGAGCACUGCCACCAGAGUCUGGGAGAAGAGGAUCAGGUUACUCUGUUGCUGUAUUGUGCAAGACGACGAUCAUCGAGUGGCGUUCACAAGUAUCGCGGAGCUUUUCCGCACCUACUUCUCAGACACUGAUCUGGUGCCAAGUGACAUAGCAGCUGGCUUGACUCUGCUCCAUCAAGAGCAAGACAAAAUGGAAAGUUGCCCAAAAGAACCUGAAGAAGUCUUGUGUCAUUCUCCAUCAUCUCCUGUGACAGAUGAUUUGGAUAUUGAACUGGAGAAUGCUGCUCACUACAUGCUGUUUGCUGCAGCUGCUUAUGGCUGGCCCUACUACAUAUACACCAACCCCUUUACUGCACUCUGUAAGCUCAAUGGUGACUGUUGCAGAAAUAGAGCAGCAGAGUCUGACAUAACUGGCAGUGAUCAUCAUAACUUUCACUUCGGAUCCAUCCUGAGAAUAACAGGACUGCAGUACAGAGACUUCAUUCAUAUCAGUUUUCAUAACAAGAUUUAUGAGAUUCCAUUUUAUGUUGCUUUGGAUCACAAAAAAGAAGCUAUUGUGGUUGCAGUGAGAGGAACUUUGUCUUUUGAGGACAUUCUCACUGACCUGUCAGCAGACUGUGAAGACUUGACACUGGAGGAUGUUCUGGAGAAUGGCUUUGUGCAUAAGGGAAUUACUCAAGCUGCAAACUACAUCUAUCGGAAGCUAAUAAACGAUGGGAUUUUAAACCAGGCUUUCACAAUUGCUCCAGAAUAUAAACUUGUGAUAGUUGGUCACAGCUUGGGUGGUGGAACAGCUUCUAUACUGGCAAUCAUGCUCAGGAACUCGUUCCCAACGUUGAGGUGCUAUGCCUUCUCUCCUCCAGGAGGACUGCUAAGCAAAUCACUUGCAGAUUACACAAAGCGCUUCAUCGUUUCAGUCAUUGUGGGAAAGGACCUUGUUGCCAGGUUAAGUAUGCCCAACAUGGAGGAUUUAAAGAGGAGAAUAGUGAGAAUUGUAGCAAACUGCAACAGACCCAAGUACCAGAUUUUGCUGCGUGGGUGUUGGUAUGAGGUGUUUGGAGGAGAUCCAGAUAACUUCCCAACGGAGCUGGAUGGUAGAAACCAAGACGCCCUCAGCCAGCCGCUUCUCGCUGAGGAGAGUUUAAUGGUGCAGCGGUCACCUUCGUACAGCGCUCUCGAGGAUGGGUCUCACUCAGGUUCACCGCUGCAGUAUCCUCGUCUGUAUCUCCCUGGGAAGAUCAUCCACAUUGUGGAAGAAUCCAGCUCUAGGAGGUUGUGCUCGUCAGAGAUUAAAUACUCGGCGCGGUGGUCAAACGAAACAGCCUUCAGCAGCAUUUUGAUAAGUCCCAAGAUGAUAACUGACCACAUGCCAGAUGUGGUGCUCAAAGCUCUGAACAGUUUGUCUCAGGAACACAACUCAUGUGUUUCGUGUCGAACACGAGAGUGUAACACCAACGUGGCGUAGCCGGAGCUGGGGGAGCAGCUGUGGGGGUUUUAUUGCAGGUCUCAAGCAUUCAGGACCCAUCCCACUUCCAUAGCAAGUGGGUUUUGGUACUUCUCGCAUAGUGCAAGGGAAACAAGGGCCUUGGUGCCCUUGCUCUGCAGCGACCUCAAGUCAUGGCCUGCUGCUUACAGCAGAGGUUCUGGGUGGAUGCUGAAGGUUGGUUGAGCUUUUACCUCCUAGCUAAGCCUGUGGACACUGGCACACAGGAGCCGAAGCAGCAGCUCAAUCCUUGACCAAAGCGACCGUGUGCGAGGACAGUGCAGCCCACACAUUACAGCAGAGCUCUGCCAGACCUUACAACUUCAGAGUCACUUCAUGAUGCUGUCUUAGUGUCCUGUGCCCAACCCUUGCAGAGCCUGGAGAGCAUCACAGGAAAUGAAGGCCCUGAAAGCGACGCCCUGCAGGGUGAGUGGCUGGAGUGGGGUAAGUGAGCAGGGCUGUGGCAGGGCAGGCACAGUGUGCAAGCGGCAGUGCACUGGGUUGGCACAGGGCGGUUCUGAGCCAUUGCACUAUUACUGCAGGUUGUGGUAGUCUCCUGGGAGUGUUGUGGUGAAAUGCUGCUUGGGCAUACAUGUGCAAUAUUCUUUACUCAACCUGAUACUUGCUGAGCCACAUGACUACUUUUAUUGAUUUUAAGCUGAACUAAUCUUGUUAACCAUUUGAUGAGGAGACCAAAUCUCUUCAUGCCCUCCCAUCAUCUUAAUUUCCAGCUCAGAGCACCAGUCCACUUCUGCCAAAAUAUCUAAACGGUUGUGAUUUUUAAAAGUGGGUUCCUUGUACCUAGUGUGCAGCUGACUUUAAGUUCAGGGUUUUUUUAAAAGACUCAGCAGCAUUUCUUAUUAAAAAACAAUUACAGAAAUAAGUUCUGUGAUGUGGUUGAGAGUAACAACUGUGUGGAUGUUGUUGCUGUGAUGCUUAAUACGGAGACAAAAUAAAAUGCACUCUAAAAACC